GCAUCAUCUCAAUAGUGCAAUUAGCUGUUGGAUAAUGGCUGGAAGUUGGUGGUUGGGGCAUUUAUUGGCACUGUGUGCUUUCUGUCAUGCACUUCCAAAGUUGAGUAAUCUGCCCCAGAACCCUCAAGCUCUGAUACUCCAGCAAACUGACCAGCAGUUUCAGCAGCCAUUUCAACAGACUAAUCAGCAGUUUCCUCAGAUGUUUCAGCAGCCAUUUCAGACUAAUCAGCAGUUUCCUCAGAAGUUUCAGCAGCCAGUUCAACAGACUAAUCAGCAGUUUCCUCAGAAGUUUCAGAAGCAAGUGUUGAAGGCAGAGCCUUUGGACAAAUGUGCUGUAGCUGAUUAUGAGCAGAUCCAAUGUGGACAACCUGGUAUCAGUGGUGCUGAAUGUGAAGCUAUCAACUGCUGCUUUAACGGACAGCAGUGUUACUAUGGGAAGGCAGUGACUGUCCAGUGUAUAAGAGAUGGUCAGUUUGUGGUAGUGGUGGCUAGAGAUGUUACGCUGCCUCGACUGAGUCUGGAUUCAGUCCAUCUACUGGGUGGAAAUGACCCACCUUGCAGUCCUGUGGGGUCCACACCUUCCUUUGCUGUAUACCAGUUCCCUGUGACCGCAUGUGGUACAAAAAUGAUUGAAGACAAUGGUUAUGUGGUGUAUGAGAACCGAAUGACCUCCUCGUAUGAAGUUGGGAUGGGACUGUUUGGUUCCAUCACAAGGGACAGCCAUUUUGAGCUUCUCUUCCAGUGUAGGUACUCUGGCACUUCUGUGGAAGCUCUGGUUGUGGAGGUAAACACCGUUCCUCCACCUCCACCAGUAGCUGCCCCUGGACCCCUCAGGGUGGAGCUGAGACUAGCCAAUGGCCAGUGUGUCACCAAAGGGUGUGCAGAAGGGGAUGAGGCCUUCACGUCCUACUACAGUGACGAUGAUUAUCCCAUCACAAAAGUCCUGCGUGAGCCUGUGUAUGUUGAGGUGCACAUUAUGGAGAGGACAGACCCCAACAUUGUCCUGAUGCUGGGACGCUGCUGGGCAACUUCAACCCCCAGUCCACUUGGUCUACCUCAGUGGGACCUUCUGGAUGAUGGAUGCCCUUACCAGGAUGACCGUUACCUGACCACAUUGGUUCCAGUGACUGGAUCAUCAGGUCUUCACUUCCCAACCCACUACAAGCGCUUUAUUGUGAAGAUAUUCACGUUUGUGGAUCCAGCAUCACUGGCUCCUCUGCAGGAAAUGACGACACGCAUCUUCCCACAUUGCUCAAAAAGGAGAUCAGAGAAGAGAAGUGAGCAGAGGAUAGAGGAGAAGACCAGAGGAAAUGAACAAAAGGAGAUCAGAGCAGAGAAGAGAAGAAAGGAGAGCAGAAGAAAUAAGAGAUCAGAGAAGAGAAGUGAGCAGAGGAUAGAGGAGAAGACCAGAGGAAAUGAACAAAAGGAGAUCAGAGCAGAGAAGAGAAGAAAGGAGAGCAGAAGAAAUAAGUAA